AUGGCCGAUUUACUGGCUCGCAAUGGCAUCUCGACUGUCCAGCCGCCUCUGUCGCAGGCGGUUGGUUAUGUCAUUGUCGUUGUGGUCGGUCUCAUUAUUGCUUUAGUGAUGAUGAUUAUCACAAAAGUUCUGAAGAAGACCGCCGGGGAAGAUAAUGAGAAGACUGAAAUGUUCAUGACGGCCAACCGGACCGUUCGAACCGGUCUGACCUCUUCGGCAGUCAUCUCUUCCUGGCUGUGGACGACCGCUCUCCUGGGUUCCUCCUUUGUCGGCUACAGCUAUGGCCUCGCCGGUCCAUUCUGGUUCGCGGCAGGGUGUAGCCCGAUGAUCGUGUUCUUCGCAUUGCUUGGAAUCUCUUGCAAGCGAAAGAUUCCCGGGGCGCAUACCUCACUGGAGGUGGUUCGUGUUCGAUAUGGUCGCACGGCUCACAUUGUAUUCAUGAUCCUCUGUCUGAUCAAUAACAUCUUCGCGUGCGCCAACAUGCUUCUCGGCGCUGCUGCUGUUAUCACUGCUGUCUCUGGUAUGCAUAUCAUCGCUGCGACAUUUUUGCUGCCGGUUGGAGUUACAGUUUAUACCUUCGUUGGAGGUAUCAAGGCAACCUUCCUUACGGACUACUUCCAUACUGCUAUCAUCCUGAUCAUCGCGUGCUACUUCUCAAUCAAGGCAUUCACCAGUAACCAAGUUGGCUCCAUCGGCAAUCUCUUUGAGCUCGUUCAAGCUGCGGCUCAGCGACACCCGGUCUCAGGAAACCAGGAUGGAACGUACUUGACCAUGAAGUCCAAGGGGGCAAUUCUGUUCGGUAUCCUGCACAUAUGCUCGAACUUUGGUCUUGUCAUUAUGGAUACUAGUUACUUCAUCAAGGCUUUCUCAGCCUCCCCACGCUCUGUCGUCCCCGGAUACACGAUCGGAGGUAUCUUUUACUUCGCCAUCCCCUGGGCCCUGGGAACGAUCAUGAGCUCCGUCGCCUUAGGCUUGGAGAACCAACCCACUUUCCCAACAUAUCCUCGACGUAUGACUUCAUCAGAGGUUAGCAACGGGCUUGUGCUUCCUUACGCUGCCCAGACAAUAGCAGGCAAAGGUGGUGCCGCCGCCAUUCUCCUCAUCACUUUCAUGGCGUGUACAUCUACACUUUCCGCACAGGUCAUCGCCGUCAGUUCGAUCCUGAGCUUUGAUGUGUACCGUGAAUAUUUCAAUAAGCUUGCUUCCGACCGUGACUUGAUCCGCGCUAGUCAUUUUGGUGUAAUUUUCUUCGCGGCUUUCUCGGCUGGUUUCAGUACUAUGCUGCAUUAUGUUGGGGUUGACCUUGGCUGGACUUUGUAUAUGCUAGGAAUCGUGACAUGUCCUGGUAUCUUCCCGAUGGUGUUUACCAUUCUUUGGAAGCGACAGAGCAAAGCAGCUGCCAUUAUCUCCCCGAUCCUCGGCUUCGGAACAGGACUCGGUGUCUGGCUAGGCACGGCAUAUCGUUUCGGUGGAGCGGUAUCUGUUGCUUCAACAGGUGAAGUGCUCCCUUGUGUCUAUGGUACAGUGGCAUCUUGCUUCUCGCCGAUUAUCUACUCGGUGGUAAUCACACUCAUCCGGCCCCAGUGCUAUGACUGGGCCGAUUUCAAGAAGGAAAAUCUUGCGCUUGAGAAGGUGGAGAGCGACCUAACCACUGCCCACCAUCAUCAUGAUAAGUCCGGUCAAGAGGGAGUCAACGCCGAGGACGGAGGUGUGCAGAGCUCUACUUUGGAAACGCAGGAGUUGACGAGAUGGGGUCGUAUUGCAGCAGGGUGGUCUAUCGCGACAUUCCUGGGCCACUGGGUACUAUGGCCACUUCCAAUGUACGGCUCCGGUUAUGUCUUUGGGAAAAAGUUCUAUAUUGCCUGGGUUGUGGUUGGCAUCAUCUGGCUCUGGGGUACGAUGCUCAUCGCGAUCUUCUACCCAAUCCUCGAUGGAGGCAUGCAGCAGAUUCAAGAAGUCUACCGAGGUUUGACAGGUAAAGUCACAGUCCACGGAACAGAGAAAGGGGUCACAGGCACGUCUCCAUCGUCACCAUCUGGGGGCUCUGUUAGUGACGUGCCCCAUUCGAAGGAGCCAAAAGGUGAGAACUAA